AUAUUUCACCCUUUUUAUCCCUCUUCUUUAACGUUUGCUGAGUUGGCCUUUGUUACUAGAGAUGGCUCUACCAACCUCAACAUCCUGUGUGUUCUCCGCAAUGCUGGCUGUCUUGACGUCAGCAGCUAUGAUGGCAUUUAAAUCACAGCUCGCAUCUAAGGAAUGGAUGACUAUCCUGGGUGGUUUCCUGGGAUCACAGUUUUUCAUCUUUCUCCUUACUGCUGUAGGAAAUUUUGAACAUAUGACAUUUGGAAAGAAUUUUCAGACAAAAUUGUUUCCUGAGAUUGUGUUUUGUUUGAUGGCAUCAAUGUUUGUCUCUGGAAUGGUACACAGAGUUUGUGUUACCACAUGCCUGAUUUUCUCCUGCAUCGCGCUGUACUACAUAACACGUCUCUCCAAUAUCAAGUACACUCCAACUGUGAAGCCAGUAGCAAGCUCAGGAAAAGGAAAGAAAGGCCAAUAAUUGUCUCUCUGUAUAUGUUGUGAAGAUUUUAAUACAAUAAAAAUGUGAAUAAAAUGCCUUUUUAAAUGUUC